AUGACUCGCGCCGGUCCACCGGAUUUUGCUGCGAACGCCCAUUUUGUGGGCGGAUCCCCUGCGCGAGUCAACCGCGAGUGUCUGAGUCAGUACCCGCCUACCGCGGCGAUUGUCUGGGCUGACGUCAACCCGCUUAGGCGAAACUCUCAUCCAACCGGUUUCGGGCUGAAAACUAGACCGGUACGUAGCUUUCUUGGCGACCAUCGCGCUGAUGCGGAUUCGACGCUCGAUCGUUCCGUUGAUGCUGAGAAACUGUUCAUCAACCCCGCUGUUCAGCGUCUCCUGACGGAGCUUACUGGUAUGGAUCUCGAAGGGAAGGUCUUCAAAGAGAGACGCACGGAAAUUCAACAACGUUCGCAUUUUGCCUUGAUGACGGAAGAACGAUUAGCUGAGACGAUGGAGAAAAUGAAGGCGGAAGCGCAGCGUUUUCUGAACUUUGUUCCUUUGAAGGAACCGCGAUCGCAGGAGGUGACCAUCUUAUCUAAAGACCCUGAGAUAGCGGGCUUUGACAACUCUAAGUUCGUGUUCACGGAUAUAACGUUCGAUGCCACAGAUCAGGAUCGUACCGUUGUAGUGCGUGAGGUUGACGGCACACUUCGCACAGCCACACCGGAGGAGCAUGAUCGUAUGAACAGAACCUACUAUGAGAAGCCCAACCGGCCUGUCUUUCCACCGCCUGUCUUCGAGGAUCCUUACCUUCAAGACGCUCUAGACCGGAAGGAGCACGAGUUUGUGCUUGAUUGGGCGUGUUGGUUUUUUGAACCAGAUGACCCGGCUUAUGUGGAGCUCGUUCAACGUGUGUUUGAUCGUGUUCUUGAAAAAGGUGAUUUUGACGUGUUGCGUUCAACAAGGCAUUUCGGAACAAUGGUGUUCUACUUUGCUUUGAAUGGUAAUAUCCCACCGUUACUCAAUUACUUUGGUGCUCGUGGAAGACUUCACGACUGCGCUAAUCUGGUGCGUUUGCAAAAGACCUUACAUCCAGAUUGGCGAUUUUGUCCAAGGAAAAAGUCGGACCUCAUGAUAACUCAGGAUAUUUUAGUGACUGCGAUGAGGUUCUAUGCCAUACUUUGCACAGCCAUUUCUGCUCUCGUCGGUUGGCCUUUCGCAGCUGUCUUAGGAUUACCCAUUGUGGUGGAUAUGUUGAUUAUUAGGCCUAAGUUCAAAAUGUUCUGGUAUUACUCUGCUGUUUCUGGAAUCGUCGUUGGAGGUUCUUUGCUGAGCGUCGACUCUUAUUAUUAUGGCAAGCGUGUGUUGGCUCCGCUAAACAUCGUGCUUUACAACGUUUUUUCCGGGCAUGGUCCCGAUCUCUACGGAGUGGAACCUUUGUCUUACUAUAUUAAAAAUCUUGUAUUGAACUGGAACAUUGCUGCCAUUCUUGCGCCGUUAGCCAUCCCACUAUCGUCACUAAACUACUUAUGUUCGUGGAAGGCCUUAAACGAGCACAAGAAGUGGGGAAUACCUGUUCAUCCAUCAUACUGGCGACAUUACUCGUCACUUUUUCUACUAUUCGCAUCGUUAUCCGCAUGGUGCAUCAUUUUCUUCAAUCAGCCACAUAAAGAAGAACGGUUUUUGUUUCCCGUUUAUCCACUCAUUGCGUUGAUGGCUGCUGUGUCUCUGGACUCUGCUGAAAGGCUAGCAUCUCGCUUUGUGCAUUCUCUUUCAUACCUAAGUUGGCUGGUUGUGCUGCUUUUCAUUGUUCUAUCACUGUCAAGAACUUAUGCACUACAUAGGAACUAUAGUGCUCAUAUUGAGGUGUAUAAGAGCUUUAACGAGCAUCUCAUGGAUCAUCAACAACAACUGGACUUCUCGAAACGUGGAGAUCCACUGCGUCUGUGUGUGGGUAAGGAAUGGUACCGAUUCCCUUCCUCUUUCUUCCUCCCUCAGACUGCCCUUGAUGCACGAUCUAGGAAACGAGGAAUUCACCUACAUUUUCUCAAAAGCGAGUUCUCCGGACUUCUUCCAAAGUACUUCCCGCAAGGAAGGUUGCCGUUUAUCACACGACGUAUUCCCACAGAAAUGAACGAUUUGAACCAAGAAGAAAUGUCGCGUGAAUGGAAUUGCCAUACCACGAAAAGAAGCAAGCCUGGUUUUUUGUUUGAUGAAUUAAAUACUAUCGGCUCCAACGUGCUUAAUUUAUCGAGAAUCACUUCAAGUAAGAGUGAGCAAAAUGGUGAUUCGACCGAAGCUUCUGAUGCUGCGACGUCAAACACGAGAGAUAUGCAAAAGACAAAAGCUCAAGUACAAGAUGUUAUGGUUAAAGCUGCUCAAUUGGUCAAAGCAGCGAACAGUUUGCCUCGACGUGGUGACGAUUAUGAGCUGUGCAAUUCCUUCAGCACAUUCACAGCUUUCAUGGAGCAACAAGAAACCCGGAUUCGUCUUUUGCUGACAGCGCUAAUGCGCAACACUGGUUGCCCGACAAGAAUGCCAAAGUUGAGCUCAGACGUGGAAGAGUAUCUUGAGCGGAUCAUGAUGGUUGAUGACCACAUUGUGGAGCGUGCUGGCAUUGUAAUGGAUGAACUAGACCGAGCUGGUCGAGAAGAUGUACUGGAGUUGCCGAAAACAAUAAUUGGGGCAGAAUCCACUAGGAAGAGAAGAGCAGAAGCGGAAGCUGCCUUCCAAGAACAAAUUCACUCCUCUGAUCCAGGACUGGUCUUGGCCGAACGACUUCGUGCUGCUCAUGAAGAAUUGAUAGCAGCUAACAAAGCCAGACGUGUGGCCAUAAAACCGCAGAAAGAAUUCGGCUUCGAGUCCUCCAUUGACAACUCUCACAAUGCGUUUGUUCCCAAACUACCCGUGAAACACCAUGCAUUACCACGAAAAGAUACUUCUGGGUUUGCAAUUGUAGAUGAAGAUCAACCCAACGGGAUGGAGAAGAGCAAUCUUUCUAAAGACUGUGAUGCCACUGGGAUACAUCCAUACCAAUACGAAAUUCAACAUUUUGUUGUUCCCGAAUCUCAGCUGGAGUCAAGUGGUCCCGUGCCCGCUUCGAGCCUGGAAUCAACUCCCCUUUCAUUUAUUAAUACAAAGGAGGCAUUGGAGAAACUCAGAGAUACCCUAAAUGCCACAAAAGAGUUUGCUGUUGAUCUCGAGCACCAUGAUUUUCGAAGUUAUCUUGGCAUGACGUGCCUUAUACAAAUCUCAACCAGGAGCGAAGAUUUUGUGAUUGAUCCUUUCCCGCUGUGGAAUGACUUGCACAUAUUAAAUGAGCCAUUCACGGACCCAAAGAUAUUGAAGGUAUUCCAUGGUGCUGAACACGACAUUGAAUGGCUACAAAGGGACUUUGGAAUUUAUGUCGUCAAUAUGUUCGAUACUGGCCGAGCUAUGCGUCGUCUUGAGAUGCAAAAAUUUAAUCUACGCUAUCUAGUUCAUCACUAUUGCGACGUUUCUCUCGACAAGCGAUAUCAGCUAGCUGACUGGAGGAUACGACCGCUAGACGAUGAUAUGAUUGCAUAUGCUCGAUGCGAUACCCACUAUCUGCUCCAGUGCUAUGAUUGUCUCCGCGAAGAAUUAUUAGAGAAAGGGGACAGAUUACAGAAUCUUCUUCGAGUGACCUAUUCGGAGAGCGCUCUUAUCUGCUCGAGGGUGUACCAUAAACCAAAUUUCGAGAAAGAUGGUUAUCGUGGACUUGAACGACGUCGCUUGAAUAAUCGCCAGAAUGCAGCUAUGCAAGUGCUUUGGUGUUGGCGAGAUCAGGUGGCUCGAGAGGAGGAUGAGAGUGUGCAAUACGUUUUGCCUAACCAUAUGCUGCUCAAUAUUGCUGAGACCUUACCCCGUGAACUCCAAGGUAUACUUCAUUGUUGCAAUCCGGUACCUCCUCUAGUCAAAGAAUCUGUACACGAAUUACACAAGAUGAUAUUCAAAUGUCGCGAUCUACCGCUAAUUGAGUACAAGGAAGACGCCACUGAUGAAAACUUCGAGGAAGUCCUUCGCAGAAGAAAAAUGCGAGGGAAAUAUACCAAAGAAAAUAUCCUUUUUGUUUGCCCGCUCGACUUUUCACAAGCCGAGUUCGACGAAGAAAGUGGGAACCAAAUGUAUCGCGGUAAAAGCGUUGAUGAUACAACAAUCGUGGAACGAUCUCCUACACAUACGUUGUUGUCGGUGCUGAGCUGUGCUACGGCGCUAGGAAGAGCAUCGAACUCCGAAGGUGUUCACACCUUAUGCGACAAGUCAGUGGCCGCUGAAAAUACAUUGAAAGAACGGAUACAUGCUCGUUUACAAGAUUUUCCUACACCGUAUGAGAGCUAUACAGUCGCCACUUUGCAAGCGCAAAAACGAGAGGCCGAAGAAAAAGCUAAGGAGAAGGAAGCAGUUGCUGAAUCUCCAUCAUCAACGCAGAAACUCUACACGCAUCACGAUGCACCCACGCAGAGGCCAGCUGCUGCAAAAGUGCGAGGUAUCGAGGCAAGCAUCGAUCUGAGAGACAGUGAUCAGAUGGCAUCUUCGUUUAGCGAUGCACAACUAUUAACCAAAAAGGAGCUGAAACGAGCCAGACAAGUGGCGCGGAAAAAUGUGGACAUCUCUACUGAGAUCAAAGAUGAAGGACCUUCUUAUACAGUGAAGCGUAUCAAGGUGGAAGAGGAAAAGAAGCAGGAAACUGAACGAGUUGAAGCAUUUGAUUACUCACAGUUUGAUGCUAAUAUGUUCAAUAAGCGGCCAGGAGAUUCAGACGAAUCAUUCGAUCCAUUUAAUCAAAAGUUCCGCGUUGAGAACAAGAAAAACAUACGAAGAAGAGGACGAGGUGGUCACCACAGGAUGGGCACAAUGAGCAUAGGUUACAAACCCAAGACUACGUGAUCCUAAAAUUCAGCAUUUGAUUCGCCAUGAAAGUAAGAGUGAUUGAGAUGUGCUUAAAAAAUCUGUUCAUUAGAGUUUGUUGCAAGUUGUUGACAGAGAUUGUUAUUGUUGUUGAAAUAAAUGUAUCGUUAUCUUAUUG